GGUAGGCAUCACAGGGAAAUCAUCGUAUUUAUUAGCUGUCUUUCUGUGGCUGUCCCCAUGGUGACAAUUUGUGAUGGCAAAGAAUGUGAGAACGGGGAGCCUAAUGCCUGAUUGGGAUGCUUUGUAUUUGGCAAAGUGGCUUCUGAUUGGCCUGAGAAAGCCUCCUAACUAGAAGGACUUGAUAUUCAUUCAGUUUACUCAAGUGCCGCAAAACACUCACAGGGUCCGGCUGCUUCUCUAAAGGUUGGUAGUGUCUAACCUAUGUAACAAGAUUAGCUGACACUCUGCAGACCACUGGGGGUGGUCCAUGGACCCCAGUUUGGGAACCACUGGCCUAGCCUGAGCAUCAUCACCUGCCGUGUAACUCGGGGUUGCCGAGCCGCGCUGCCUGGGGAGCGCGGGAGCCGGAUCCUUCCUCUUCAUGGACGGGCCUUCCUCCCCGGUGCUGUGAGAGAUGGCCUCGGCCGACAGCGAGGUGAAGACGCUCCUCAACUUCGUCAACUUGGCCUCGAGCGACAUCAAGGCGGCCCUGGACAAGUCGGCUCCGUGCCGGCGUUCCGUCGACCAUAGGAAGUACCUGCAGAAGCAGCUCAAGCGCUUCUCCCAGAAAUACUCCCGCCUGCCUCGCUGCCACCAUCACCACCACCACCACCUGCAGCAGCAGCAGCAGCCGCCUCAGCCCGCCAGGGAUCGGAAGGCGCCUGAGGAGAGAGCGCGAGGAGGCCUCGAGGCUCCCGUCGGCCGAGGCGACAGAGACAGCAAGGCCUGCAAAGCCGCAGAGGCCGGCGAGCAGCAGCAGGGCGUCUCUGAGGCGACCGCUAGGCCCGACCAAGUGCCCAUGAGGAAAAGGCAGCUGCCCGCCUCAUUUUGGGAAGAGCCCCGGCCGGCCCCGGGCCCUCUGGGCGGGAACGGCGUCGCCUUCCCGGCGGGAGCCGCUUCCAACUCCUUGUCACCGUCGUCGUCGUCGUCGUCCUCCUCCAAGGACUUGCCUGUCCUUGAGGCAAAGAAAAAUAAAAAAAGUCCGGAUGGCAGGACGGUUAGCGCUGCCGAGAGCCCGCCGGGAAGCAGGCCGGACGCUGAGGCCGCGCAGGUACUGAGCGCCUGGAGCUGCUGUCCAUUUCAGUACCACGGACCGCAAGCCUCUCCCGGCGUCUACCCGCCGCCGCCGCUCGCCGCUUCCCUUCCGCCGGUAGGCCCCUUCCCGGGCCUGGGCCUGUGGAGGAAAAACGCGGCCUCGCCGGCGGAGGUAGAGCCCUUCUGCAAGGCGGACGGCGGCGGGGCAGGCCCGAAAGUGCACCGGCCGGUGGUUUGGAAGCCCAUUCCCACCAAGCCCGCCGCGCCGCCCCCCAUCUUCGGCGUCUUUGGGUACAUCUAGGCAUGGCGGGCCUGUAUUCGCCGCCGCCUUGCGAGGGCCUUGCCUCUCGCUGGACCGUCAGCAGCGCCGCGUCGCCGGCGAUGGAGGGAGCGGGGACAAAGGCCUGAAAGAAUGGCCGGCCUGGUUCUGCUCUCCCUCUCUUGUGUGGGGCGAGAAUCCGGACCCCUGCAAGGACCACCCGCGUUCUCCCCCUGGCUGGGUUGGCCAAGGAGACAUCAGGAACAGAAAUAAUGAUGGUGAAUUUAUUCAGGAGUUGACUAC